GCUUUGGAGAAUAAAGAUGGCGGCCGCUUUGAGACGGGUCUCUGGGUUGCUGAGGCCUCUUAUCCCUUUGUCUCAGAGGGGACAGGGUUGUGCCACACAGCUUGCCUCCAGGUUUUCCACACUGACCCUCGGCCACACCCAGAGGCCAGCGAUCUGUUCUGCUGUCCAGCUGUCAUCAGCCUUCCAUAAUCACCUGACCUGGACACACAGUAUUCUCAUGAAUGUUACUCCUCUGCUUCCAAGCAUUGUUCAGCCGGCCAGAACUCUCACUUACAUCAGUCUGAGGAAGGGAAAGAGGAAGUCUGUGAAGUCCGUGGUCAAGAGGUUUCUGCGGCUGCACUGCGGCCUUUGGAUAAGAAAAAAGGCUGGGUACAAGAAGAAGCUGUGGAAGAAGAAGCCAGCCAGAAAGCAGAGGCUGAGGCAGCAUGUCUUCUGUAACCGGACCCAGAGCAAACUCCUGGAUAAAAUGACCACGCCCUUUUGGAGGAGGAGAAACUGGUUCGCCAAUGACCCCUAUCAGAAGUAUCAUGAUCGCACUAACCUCCAAGUUUAAGAGACUCCUGUUGGACCGCAGUGCUACUAAACACAAGAUUAUUCCAGAGUGAAAAGUAGUAGAAUAAUUAAAGCCUAUUCUUGCGUUGACCAGAAUGUAUUUAGAGGUUCUAGGGUGAUGCAAUAAAUCACGUUGGUGUUGUUUUUUAAA